CUAACGCGUCUUCGUUUCAUCCACUUCGAGAACUCGACCGAAACCAUCCAGGAUCAAGGUUGGCCGAGAUAAAUACGCGAUCCUAAAAAUCAUACGCCGACAUUUUGCGAAAAUAAAGGCGCUUCUUAGAUAUCGUCCGAAACAUGGUUGGUAGAGGGAAUAAUUGGAUAAAUCGGGAAAUUAAGCCGGUUGUUGAAUCGUGAAAGGUGAUUUCAGUUUCACAUCUUUGAAACAAUGGUUUGAAUUGUUCGGGCAAUUAUUGUACGAAACAGGAUUAAUCAGUGAUAAACGAUGAUUUCCAGUGGUUGGCAUCGGUUUUUGGUGGUUUUUGUGUGUUUGACUCUAAACUUAGUGUGUAGUAUUAAAAUAGAUAAUCAACUCAAAGUCAUCACUAAUGAUUGCUACGAGAGAUUAGCCAUUGGGCAUAGACUUAACUCUAGGGAUAUUUACAAGACUGUCAAAGCAAAUACAGUGCCAAAAUGUCAGAAAGAAUGCACAGCAGAGGGAGACGUUUGUAAAGCUUUCAGCUUUGGGAUAGGGGAGAAGGGUAACUCCACCUGCGAACUAGGCAAGAAUUUCAUCAAAGAAACCGCCACUCUCCAACCGAUCGGAACAAUAGAAAACGUAGAUUUCGAUCUCUACAUCAAAAAGUUAGGUUGCAAGUUGGUGAUAGAUCCUCAAGCGGCAAAACCGAAACCGAAUUUCAACGACGUUCCACUCUCGCAAUCGGCCAGUACGCAAGAACAAUACGGAACAGCUCAGAACGGCCCUAAGCCAACCUAUCUACCGGAAAAACCCACCAGUACGAUCGAUGAGGCGAAACCUCCACGACCCCAGGCUUACCCAAACGAAGCCCUCAAUAAACCCUCGGAUAUACCUCAAAAACCCACAGUUCAUUACGGAACCAGCAUUCCAAAUAUAGAAAUAGUCAAGCCUUCUUACGGAAACCAGAAACCUGAAAACCAUCAAUCCGAAUAUACUCAAUACAUUCAAGGCAGCUUGGUUAGUGUCAGUCCUGGGCUUCAGAGCUAUUUGCAUCCCGUACACGAUAUACUGAUAGGUGAAAAUCCUUACACCUACGGCAAACCAAGACCGAGUAGGCCACAAGGAUACUCACCAGGGAUUCCCGAUGUCAAUCAUGACGGUGACAAAUAUCACGAGAGACCGUCGGGAGGGUAUGGUGAUGAAAAAUUCACUAGUAAUGUUUAUAAAAGACCCAGCGAUUACGACCGAUACAAACCUCACAGUCCCAACCGACCAUGGGGAUCCGAAUAUAUUGAUAAUCCCAAAUUUCUUUCACCAUUCGAUCCCUAUUACGAUGAACGACCGAAUCCAUACGACAAUACACCUCAAAGACCAUUGGAUUCCUAUGGAAAUGGAAAACCAUAUCCUAAUAGACCGUAUCCAUCAUCAAAUCCAUACAACGAAAGACCUCUUAGACCUCCAAUGAAACCUUCCAAUCCGUAUGAUGACGAAAGACCAUCUUAUUCUUACGACAAACCUCAAAAACCCCUGAAUUCAUACGAUUUUCAAUCGGCUCCCGAAACUUCCAAGCCUUCUGCUGAAAAACCGUAUAAGCCGGUCCACGAAAAGCCGGAUGAUAUACCGUAUCGACCAUACGAACAUCAUUUACCACCUUUCAGGCCAACCCAUCUGAACAGGCCGUACGACGACGAAAGGCCAAUAGCAUCGAAUAGGCCAAGACCUGGAGGAUACGAUCUGAGACCUUUGGCGCUGGACGACAGGAUCGACGCCCCGUACGCGAGACCUCAUCCCGACCCAGACUUCCACGAGUAUUUCCCCGGUUCUAAACCACCUAGAUUCGAAUAUGAAGUUCCCAGACCGAUGGGGUCUUUCCACGAGGACAGAAGACCUCCCUGGGAAAUGUUCGACGACAGAGAUGGACCAAGACCCAUAGGAAAUUCCUACAAGAGACCUGCUGAACAUCAACAUGAUUAUAGAAGACCAGAAGACAACCAUAGAGAACCGCCAAGGCCACAAGACGAUCACAGAAGACCUCCAAGACCAGAAGAUGACUUUAGGAGACCUACAAGACCAGAAUAUGAUCUAGGAAGACCUCCAAGACCAGAAGAUGACUUUAGGAGACCUUCAAGACCAGAAUAUGAUCUAGGAAGACCUCCAAGACCAGAAGAUGACUUUAGGAGACCUACAAGAGUAGAAAAUGAUAUAAGAAGACCUCCGAGACCAGAAGAUGAUUUCAGGAGACCAGAGAACGACUACGGGCCAUCUUUCAAACCUGAAAGUGACCACAGAAGACCGUACAUGCCCGAUGAUGAUCGAAGAAGACCACCGGUGGGAUUCGACGACGAAAGAGUACACCUAAAUCCGAUAGACACCAACAACAAGGGAUAUCCAAGACCAGACUUCCACGACAGGAGACCAUACGAUCAGAGACGACCGCAGAGACAACCAGAGGAUCCUGUAGCAUAUCCAAACCCCGAUUACUUAUUCAGUGCGAACGAUAGAAACGACGUUGUGUCUAAUUCCACAAAAUACGUGGAUUCAAAGGUCGAUUCUACGCAAAAGAAGAACGUUACGGCGGAGGGCAAUGGAACGAGUGCUGGAAAUGGUGCCUAUGGGGGAGAAACUGCCAAAAAUGUAUCGAUGAGUAAUUCGAUCAUUACAGAGAGCACUGGAGUCGGUGGAGAGAAGAUCACGUCGAUUAUCAUACCGCUAGAUAAUGCAUGUUUCCGAAGAGUUUUGGCGGGCAAAAGGAUUGCCCGAAGAUUCGUUAGAAGAUCGCUUUUUUGCGAGAGGUUAGAAGAUUGCCAACUGGAAUGUGCGGACGAAAAACGGUUCACUUGCGAAGGAUUUAAUUACAGGUUGGACCCCACUGGACGAGGUAAGGGAGAAUGCGAACUCUUGGACGUCCCACUUCAGAGGUUGGACAUUGGCCGAGACGUCUAUCCCGACCGCGACUACGAUUAUUACGAAAAAGACAGAAACUCUGCUACCACAAACUGCCGAUACGAACCUCCAUAUCCUGACCGAGGCGGCGGUAGGCCCCCAGGUCACAGGCCUCCUCCAUAUGACGGAUACCUGCCAUACGACAGAAGACCGCCGUAUGACGCCAGACCUCCAGAUUACCACAGAAGACCUCCAUACGAAGCUAGACCGUCAGGAUACGAUCGCGAUAGGAGGCCGGUCGUAGAUUAUGACAGGAGAAGACCCCCAGUCUAUGAUAGAAGACCGCCGCCGCAGUAUGGCCCAGAGUAUGACAGACGAGGAGACAUAUCACACCUCCACCCACACAACACUCAUAAUGGUUACAACAUUCAUUCCCACAUUGAUAGGAAUGACCACAUUUACCAUGGAACACAUUACUUACCCCCCAACCCGUCACCCAAGCCAAUAUUCUCCUCCCCAUACGACCACAAACCAUACCACAACAAACCGUACGGAUAUGGAGUGAUUCAUGACGAUAGAAGAUACGAUAGACCUAAAUAUGACGGCUAUAAUAUUAAUCGUUACGAUGACGAAAAGAAGAACUUCUAUCUGCCGCCAAGAAUAGGAGGCACGACAGACUGGGGGAAAUACGGAGGCUCGUAUGGCAACUUUGGAUAUGGUUAUGGCAGCGGUCACAAUCAGUAUGAUCGAGACUCUGGAAAUAGGCGAAAAUACGAUUCUAAACCAGACAUUGGAUAUAAGCCAAUAGUUCCUCUUCUGCCACCACCAGCACCGAGCAAACCAUCGAGUUAUCUUCCGAAUACUGCCUUGGAAAUCAACCUUAUCCACCAAGGGCCAAAUAUUUACAAUGUUGGGGACAAUUUGAUCCUUCCUGUAGAGCCACGAUUGCCAGGCUACAAUUACAUCAAAGAAGAAUGUUCACUCAGAAGUGCGACCGGCUUCAAACUGAAUAAAGGCAUAGUGAAAAAAUUCUAUGCAGUUCCGAACAUUUACGAAUGCGAACAGCUAUGCUUCAAGGAAAGAGAAUUUCGAUGUUCAUCAUAUGCGUUCAGAUACACUAUCAGUCUAUCUGCUCCCGCUGACAAUUGCUAUCUCAGCAACAAAAAUUACAAAGAACUGGACUAUUACACAGACCUGCAACCUGAUAGGGAUUUUGACAUUUACACAAUGAGUAAUCCAAAUAAAUGUGUAACUACUGCAGUUAGUUCAAGAGACGAUAGUGAUUGUUUCUGGAGGGUUCGAAGCGGUCAGAGGCUUGACCAUAGAGUUGUCAAAGAUACCCUUACAGUGAAUUCAAUAGUGGAUUGCCAGAUUGAAUGUUUGAAGACUAGGAGGUUCACAUGUAGAGCAUUCAGUUUCAGAUAUGGACCACCAAGCUCAGGUGGGGCUGUGGAUAAUUGCCAACUAACUGACUGGCCCUUCUACGAGCUCGACCCAAGAAUAGAUUUUCUACCAGAACGUGGUUUUGAGGUGUAUGAAAGAGGCAGCUAUGGAUAUGGAUGCGAACCUUAUCAUUUUGGGGUCAGGGGCAAGCCUCCAGUUGCCGUGGCCAUAGAAGUCGAUCAAUUGUGCUACAUUGGGUUUGGAUCACCGGCAAGGCUCUUACCUCAAGCAACCAAAAAGGCUCUGAAAGUACGAACAGAGCUAGAUUGCAAAGCAGAGUGCUCGAAAUUAAGAGAAGGGACUCUUUUCCAAUGCAUGUCGUUCAGUUACCGGUCGAGUUCACAUGGAAGCAGUAAUUGCUUUUUAUCCGACAUAUACCAAAGGGACCUUCUUCCACAUAUCGACUACGUUCGUGAUCCUGACUCUUGGUUAUUCGCUUGGGACAAUUACAACCCACAAUGCAUCGACUUAGCCAAUAAACCAGUGCACGAUAUUCAUUAUAAUGAUUUGGGGAGAGAAGAUUAUGGAAGACCAUCCUUUUUAGGAGUACACACUGCAUUAGACACGUGGAGAGCUUAUAGCGUUAGUGGUUGGCCAUGCAAGAGAGGCCACUUGUGCCAAGAGAAUAGAGAGGCAGGCUUUUGGUUCUGCAAGUUAGAAGGUGGAGAUGCCAAUUCAUGGGAUUAUUGCUGUAGGCCUGACCAUCAGUGUGGAUAUUCCUCAGGAUUCCCCUAUCCUUGGUGCUAUGUGGGUCCAGGAAAAACUCAAUGGCGCAAAUGCAGUGAUCGUUACUACCCUUACAUACACAACUUGAUAGACAGAUUUGACAACACCCAUCAUACCAAACCAUCUUACCUUCCUGAAAAACCAGUUAGUUCUUGGGUACCACUAGCAAUCGUUGGGACACCUUACCUACCAGAACACGAUGAAAGACCUCCACCAGUUAGACCUCCACCAGUUAGACCUCCUAUAAUAAGACCAGGCUUCAGACCAGAAAGGCCACCUGCACCACCACAUGAAAGACCUCCAGAGUUUAGUUUGGACGAAUAUGAGAUGCAGUUCGAUCAGGAAUUCUUGGCACCUCCGAAACCUGGAGGUUUCGGCCAGCCCAGACAUUGGCCAGUUUCAUACCUUCACAAGCAGAUGCCGCCAAACAUAACAGACUCUGAACCCAGAAUGAUGAAACCCAAGUCAGGCAACGAACCCAACUCCAAACUGACGGCAAUCCAAAGUCUGAUAGACAUUAUCAACUCGAACGAACUCAAAAACGUCCAAUACCAAAUAACGAACGAGUCGAAUAGCAAGGAUGAUGUCCUUUUCGUCAAGAUACCACUGCCGACCAAUUUUACAGAUAAGGAUAAGACUGAGGAUGGUCUCGCCACAUUCGAGAAGGCCGAUUUGAAAUUAGAACCUGUUGAUUUGACCGAACCGGUCAAGAACAAUACGAAAAGAUUCGGAAAACAAUUUGACACCAACACGUCGGCUUCUAGUGAGAAACCUAGCUUCAAAACAUUAGUACCAACAUACCGGAAAGGUUAUAUUACCCGCACCAAUGUCACAACCCAUGGACGUUCUCGUUUUUCGAGAAGUUUAUAAUUUCAAUGAAGUAAACAACAAAAAUCGUGUUCACUAAUUUCAAUGAUAAACCUUUCCGAAAUUCUCUGACGGCGCCAUACCCCCAACCCAAAAAAACACUUCUUGACAAGUGAUGUUUCCCAAAUGACAGAAAAGUUGGGUUUUUCACAAAUUGUCAAAAUCGUGGGACAGGCAAAGCGUUUCUUAGAAAAGAUUUGUGUGAAAGAUCGCCUGUCCAUUGGCAACCCACGAUUUUGACAAUUUUUUAGUGUCCUGUAGAAAGGAAGCGCAGUUCAGUUCAAAGCACACAAAAGGUGAUGACAUAUUGGGUGGCAAGGUCAGAGACGAUAAUUUUAAAUAACUGCGUGUGGCAACCCCCAGUAUACGACCUUCUAUUGUGCCUCCUUUCUAUACCUUCUUCCUAGAAGAUUCUUCUAAGGAGAUUUUAGCUUUCUUGUACUUACAUCGGAGACGAUACUUGUAAUUGAAAAUAUAGGUGUAUUUUUCGAUCUCAAAUUUCUGGAUUCGAAGAGCUAGGUUAAGAAAACACACAAAAAGUUGGAAGCAUAUAAGAAUUAUUUCUUUCAUGUAAAUGGCACAAAAUAUUCAUGUAAGGCUUUGAAGCAGCUUUUACAGAUAACUAGAAAACGGCUAACGAGGAAAUGUAGGCUGCCCAAAAUCCUUUUAUUUCUUACAUGAAGGCACUUUUCCACAUUGAUGUAAUUAAAUCUAAGUUUUAAUAUAUUUUGUGGUACAUGAAAAUAAUCUAUCAAUAAUAAACCAAUGAACCCUUCAAAUUAAAUUCUGAUGAAUAAAGGAAUUAGUAGGAAAAUAAAACAACAAAACAAAAACUAGGAGAUUCACUAACUUAAGAGAUAUAGGACCAGUAGCAGGAAAGUCCAUUAAGAUUUGAUGCUCCAUCAAAAUUUAAACCGUCAUUUUCGAACAAAAAUAUGGAGGAUCAACAUUUUGAUGGAUUAUUAAAUUUUAAUGAACCUUCCUGCAACUGGACGAUAUUUUAUUAAAUCUAUGUUGUAACUUAAGCUAGAUUAUGGUAUUUGGCAUACAGUAAUACCCACAUUCAUCGAGGAUAAAAAUUACAUAAAUAUAUUGAUCUUGAUAUAUAACUUUCCAUAUAGGUUUUUUCAAUUCAUUAUUACGCUGCUCUAAUAAAAUACAUCAUUCAAUUUGAUUUCAAAAUUCUCAGGCACUUACAUAUUCAAUAAAAGAAUAAAAGUUUCUAUGGCCACUAUGGGCUCGAUUCAAUAAUACAAUUCAAUAAAAUUUCACCAAUCUUCAUCGGCCAAUCAAGUAUUUGAUUGACAAGUGCAUGUUAGUUGAUCUUCAAUCAAAAAUUGAACUCCAAUUGAAGUCCAUUGCUGCCUAAAAAUAUGAUUUCGAUUGCUUCACCCACCCAAUGGGAAAAUAUUUGAGUAUUUCAUGCUGAUGUAGUAUCAGCUUCGUACAAUCAGAGAUACUUGAUCAAGCAAUCAAAAUUUCGUGAAAACAGCGGUUGAACUAUAGAAUAUCGAUCUAGCAAGCUCCUUAAACAAUUACUUAUGUGCGUACAUCCUAAGUUUUGAUGAAAAAAUUCGUCUCCAAGAUCAUUCAAUCAGUUCCUCCAAUAGUAAUUUCCAAAUACUGAAUAAUGAAGAUAUAAGUGUAAUUUUUUAUUCCGUUGACGAACGUUUUCCCAUGUUAUAUAUUUCAUUGGCAAUUGUUUUCAACAUAUUCACAA